UAUCAACCAAUAGAAACGUUCGCUUCUGCUCCUUUUAAAUCUUCUUGUUAUGCACAGGCUAAUGAUUAUGCAUUUUUACCAUAGAUUUUUACCGAUGAUUUUUACCUAUUUUAUGCAGUCUAUGAUUUUUUACCAUAGACUGAUAAUUGAUACUAACAUGCAUUCAACAAACUAGUGCACUACUAUCCAAUGUACAUAACAUACAAGUGCAAUGUGGCUUUCUAUUUGUCGUUAAAUUGGAAUACAAGGGAGUUAUUAUGAACCCCAAAAAUAAAAUUAAAAAAUGGGAUGUGUUUUUUGAGCGAAAUCCUAUAAAGUUGUGUCAAUCUCAAAGCGCAAUGAAGCAAUAGAAACCAACAACAUUUAAAGAAUCUUGUGCUCCGCUAUCAUCGAAUAUAUUUUAUUUAUGUUCAGGCAGAUCUUGGGCCGCCUCGCUCGAAGGGUCCUCAUUCAUGUGCGUCUGACGCAGGUAACACGCUUCCAUGAUACACACAGCGUAGCCUUCCAACACCAAACGCCCAGUAGAUUUAGGUUUAUAUCAAUUUACUGGUGACUUUCCUCGGCAUCCACUCACCACGUCCUUCAGCAGACUGUUCUCCCGAGUUGUCCGCUCGUCAAACAUGGGGAAAAGAAGCAGACAGCGGCAGAAAAACCAGGGCACUGGCCGGGAUGACAGAGACAACGCAGCCUGGGGAGCUGGCUAUGCCGACAUCGUCAAGGAGAAUAAACUGUUUGAGCACUACUACCAAGAGCUAGGUUUGGUGCCUGAUGGAGAGUUUGAGCAGUUCAUGGACGCAAUGAGGGAACCGCUGCCUGCAACCAUCCGCAUCACUGGAUAUAAGAGCCAUGCCAAAGAAAUCCUCCACUUUUUAAAGGACAAAUACUUUAGGGAAAUCCAGGAGGUGGAGAUUGAUGGCCAGAAGAUUGAGGCUCCACAGCCUCUGAGCUGGUAUCCUGAUGAGCAAGCCUGGCACACUAACAUGAGCAGGAAGAUCAUCAGGAAGUCUCCCCUGCUGGAGAAGUUCCACCAGUUUCUGGUUAGCGAGACAGAGUCGGGUAACAUCAGCCGACAGGAAGCCGUCAGCAUGAUCCCCCCUCUGCUCAUGAAGAUUGAGUCCCACCACAAGAUCCUGGACAUGUGUGCUGCUCCCGGGUCAAAGACAGCCCAGCUGAUUGAGAUGCUCCAUGCUGACAUGGAUGUGCCUUUUCCAGAGGGCUUUGUCAUUGCCAACGAUGUGGACAAUAAGCGCUGCUACCUGCUUGUGCACCAAGCCAAGCGUCUCAACAGCCCCUGCAUCAUGGUAGUCAACCAUGACGCCUCCUGCAUCCCCAUGCUGAAAAUCGACGUAGAUGGCAAGAAGGACAUCCUCUUCUACGACCGCAUCCUGUGUGAUGUGCCCUGCAGCGGGGACGGCACCAUGAGGAAGAACAUAGACGUGUGGAAGAAGUGGACAACCAGCAACAGCCUGCAUCUCCAUGGGCUCCAAAUCCGUAUUGCAGUGCGUGGUGUAGAACAGCUGGCCGUGGGUGGGAGGAUGGUCUAUUCCACCUGUUCACUCAACCCUAUAGAGGACGAAGCUGUCAUUGCAGCACUGCUGGAGAAAAGCGAAGGAGCCUUAGAGCUGGCCGACAGCUCCGCUGAUCUGCCAGGGCUGAAGUGGAUGCCUGGGGUCACUUCCUGGAAGCUGAUGACCAAAGAGGGCCAGUGGUUCUCAGACUGGUCUGAGGUACCUAGCACUCGUCAUACACAGAUCCGCCCCACUAUGUUUCCACCAACAGACCCAGAGAAACUUGCUAGCAUGCAUCUGGAGAGAUGUAUGAGGAUUCUGCCACAUCACCAGAACACUGGAGGCUUCUUUGUUGCUGUACUGGUGAAGAAAGCGCCAAUGCCGUGGAACAAAAGAUAUCCCAAGCUGAGGAAGGACGUGUCAUCCACCUCAGAGGUCCGAGCUGGAGUCCCUGCAGCAGGCUCGUCCCCUGACACUCCAUGUCUCCCAGAGAAAGCUGUGAAGAAGGAGGAGGAGGGAGAGGGAGAGGGCUCAGGGGAAAAAGUGGUGGAGGAGGCACCCAAAGGAGCUUCCUUGGCCCCGGAGAUAUCUACUAAACAAGAGGGAGUGUGUGGCCCUCCACCCUCUAAGAAGAUGAAGCUGUUUGGGUAUAAAGAAGACCCCUUUGUGUUCCUCACAGAGGAAGACCCGGUCUUCACCAGCAUACAAUCUUUCUAUGAUCUGUCACCUGACUUCCCCAAGGUCAAUGUUCUGACCAGGACCCAUGACGGCAAGAAGCGACACUUGUACAUGGUGUCAAAAGAGCUCCGCAACGUGCUUCUCAACAACAGUGAGCGCAUGAAGGUCAUUAACACCGGGGUGAAGGUGUGGUCUCGCAACUGUGACGGAGAGGAGUUUGGCUGUGCCUUCAGGCUAGCUCAGGAGGGUAUUUACACUCUUCAGCCGUACAUCCGCUCCAGGAUAAUCAGAGUGAGUGUGGAGGACAUCAAAGUGCUGCUGACCCAGGAGAACCCCUUUCUCCACAAACUGCAGAAGGAUGCUUACGCUCAAGUCAAGAAAAUGGUUAUGGGAAGCAUUGUGUUGAAUUACAUUCCCAACCCAAGUAACCCAUCAGAGCCCCAGUGUCCCAUCCAGCUGUGUGGCUGGAGGGGAAAAAUCUCCAUCAGAGCCUUCGUCCCACGUAACGAGAGAUUUCAUUACCUUCGAAUGUUAGGCAUAGAGGUCUUUAGAGGCAAACAGGGCCUCGGGCAGGAACAGAGGAAGGAAACAAAGGAGGGAGAGGGAGAUGUAGAGGACGAGGAGGGAAAGGACGGACAGGAGGAAGGAGCAGUGAAAAUUGAGGCUGAGCUGGACUUGGAGAAUGGUAAUGAAAAUGGAUCACCAAAGAUGGACACUGGCAACCAGGUGACCAGCAGCUGAGGAUGUCGAAGAGAAGUUGGGGAGGAUGAUUGACUGAACUACUAUUAGAGCUCUGAGAGCUGUGAUCCAGGUCUAAGACCUCAGGAGAGUGAUGUGCCUGUACCGAUCCCCCUGUUCAACACACUGCCAACGCAGAAGGAUUCCCUCUCAGAGAUGGACUCCGUUUGGAUUUAAGAUGUUUGGAUCCUCUCUGGGAGUCAGCUUUUAGUUAAAAGGCUUGUCUUGUUUUACAACAUGUUUUUUUUAUGUUUUAACACAUUUAUUUCACUGAACUGUAACCCUCAAUUUUCUUUUAGUUGCUUGUGUUCAGAAAGGUUUAUAUGAAUCGGCAUUUCAUUUUCUACACCUGUUAUUAUGGAGAAAUACAGAGUUGAUUAAAGCAUUUGAAGGUCAA